GCGCAGCAUUCCCGGAGUCCGACGCUAUAGGAAACCCUUCCCAGCGCCUGCGCCCACCCCAGACCCGCAGUCCUCCACACCAGUUCCCCACACUUGUCCCAGUCGCCGCCUGAGUUCACCCAGCAUCUUUCCAGCGCGGCGCAUCCCCGGGGCCAGCCAGGCCGGUCCCCGGCUAUCAAUCCAUCCUGCCCGUCGGUCGCGUCCGCACUCGGUGCCAUGCCGUUCCUUGGGCAGGACUGGCGGUCCCCGGGCCAGAGCUGGGUGAAGACAGCCGAUGGCUGGAAGCGCUUCCUGGAUGAGAAAAGCGGGAGCUUCGUGAGCGACCUCAGCAGUUACUGCAGCAAGGAUGUGUACAAUAAGGAGAAUCUUUUCAACAGCCUGAAUUAUGAUGUUGCAGCCAAGAAGAGAAAGAAGGACAUUCUGAACAGCAAAACCAAAACUCAGUAUUUCCAUCAAGAAAAAUGGAUCUAUGUUCACAAAGGAAGUACUAAAGAGCGCCAUGGGUACUGCACUCUGGGGGAGGCUUUCAACAGACUGGACUUCUCAACCGCCAUCCUGGAUUCCAGAAGAUUCAACUAUGUAGUAAGGCUGUUGGAACUGAUAGCAAAGUCACAGCUCACAUCCCUGAGUGGUAUCGCCCAGAAGAACUUCAUGAACAUCUUGGAAAAAGUUGUGCUGAAAGUCCUUGAGGACCAGCAAAACAUAAGACUCAUAAGGGAACUUCUCCAGACCCUCUACACGUCCUUAUGCACACUGGUCCAGAGAGUUGGCAAGUCUGUGCUGGUGGGCAACAUUAACAUGUGGGUGUAUCGGAUGGAGACCAUUCUACACUGGCAGCAGCAGCUGAGCAGCAUCCAGAUCACCAGGCCUGCCUUCAAAGGCCUCACCUUCACGGAUCUGCCUGUGUGCUUGCAACUGAACAUCAUGCAGAGACUGAGUGAUGGGCGGGACCUGGUCAGCCUGGGCCAGGCAGCCCCAGACCUUCUUGUGCUCAGUGAGGACCGGCUGCUGUGGAAGAGACUCUGCCAGUACCACUUCUCAGAACGACAGAUCCGCAAGCGAUUAAUCUUGUCGGACAAAGGACAGCUGGAUUGGAAGAAGAUGUAUUUUAAGCUGAUCCGAUGUUACCCAAGGAGAGAGCAGUAUGGGGACACCCUGCAGCUCUGCAGACACUGCCACAUCCUCUCCUGGAAGGGCACUGACCACCCGUGCACAGCCAACAACCCGGAGAGCUGCUUGGUCUCACUCUCCCCGCAGGACUUCAUCAACUUGUUCAAGUUCUGAAUCCCACCUCAAGACGGCACUUCACAAGCCCCCCCCCCCCCCCCCCUCACUCCCCGCUGAUCGGAUGGCUGGGAAUUCGGAGACUUCCUUUGUAAAUAGUGUACCUUGUAAGCACUGGCUUGAAACUUGUGAGCGAAGUCCCUGAGAAGACGGUGGAGGGAAGGGACGAAGCUGCCGAUGGGGACUUACAAAUGUGAACUGCGCACUAGAACUGGUACGGAAACGCGGAAAUACUGUAAAUAGACUUUUUCUUCUCCCCCAAGAAUUUGCCAGCGAGACUCUAAGGGCGAGAACUCUCUGUCUGCCGUGAAAAACGGAGCCCUCCUGAUGUUCAUGGAAACUUCCUAGUUCCCUAGGAAGGAAAAAAAGACACAAAACUCAAAUACCAGACAGAACCCUCUGUUUACAAUGUGAUGAUGUUGUUAGGACAAAAUGAGGAAGAAGGAGAAUGAAUGCUGCAGCUGAGGAAGCCUUGGGCUUUGGGUUUCAAUUUGGGAUUUGUUGAAUGGGAUUUGUUGAACAGGCGAAGAAGUCCACCCAUUGGACACCUACGCAGGCAUAAGGCCUGAUCCUACGAAGAUGCCACACAAUGGUCUACCUCUGAAAGCGUAGCUUGCUCUCUGGCAGCAUGCACUAUCUAGCAGGCAAUGUCUGUGUUUCAUGUAAGUUCUUUCAUCUGUAAAGAGAUCUGAGAUGGGAAGGCUAUUAGAAACAACCUUGGUUCUGACUUCCCUUCCCUUCUUUGUUCCCAGUCUACACCUUCUUUCCUUCCAUGUUGUAGCUCAUGUACAGAAACAGAAGGCCAGCCUAAGAACAGCUCCAGCAGAAGACACGAAGAACUAGAAUUGGGCACCUGUAGAUGGUGGCUUGGCGCUUCUGAUUUAACUCUACUCUCCUCUAGCUUAACUUCUGGGCUUGUCUGGUCUUCCAUGGGUGUCGUCAUGGAUUAGUGAACUUAGUGGAGUCUAAGAACUGAGGCUUGAGAGAGACAUUUUUCACACCAGCCAAUUAAGCAUUCUGAUAGCUGCUGCUUCCCCUUGGUGGGGUGUGGAGCUGAGGCUCUUUCUGUUCUUUAGGUUUAGCAUCGAACUUGAGUCAUCCUGAAUGGGGACUUUUCACAUGCGUGAUUUAAAAGGAAGCCUGGAGUUCCAGCUAGAUAGGGAGCUGAGUUCAUCUUAAGCUUGUUUCAAGACUGAGUUAAAACAAAGAGAGGCAAAAGACAAAGGAUCCCAGGGGGUCUUGCAAAGCAGAGAUAUGAACACUGUGGAAGAAAGCAAAUCUCAGGACUUCAGGAGUUAAUUCCUGGGGUGGGGGAAAUGUUAUUUUUUACUUUUUAUAGAUUGUUGCUUUUCUACAAUGUACAUAUAUUUGCAGUUGUAUUUGCUUUUUUAAAAAAAAAUCUCCAAAUAAAACUACCACUAUGCACAUCCUUGGUAAAUAAUCAGAAGUAGGAAUGUGUCCACAUAGAUGUUAAGUGAGGGAUUGUGUAACCUGAAGCACUGAUGCUUGGGGUGGUCCUCGAAGGAAAGGAAAGGUGACCGAGCAUACAUAGAAACAAGAGACAGUCAACACCUCUGCCUUCAGUAAUAGAGUACGCUCAGGUCAGUGCCGCGUGGGCAGAUGAAGUCUGCAGGGUUCCCUGGUUUGCAGUAUCUGUACUUACACCAAAAGUUCUCCAUAUUUCCUUCUUCCUUGAGGGAGAAAUUAAGUUGAAUUCAGAGGCCCGUAAUGAGGAAAGGGAACUGUAAAAGAACAAGAUUUGAUGUAUAAAGCUGAACUUUAGAUACUACAAACCUGUAACAGCUAGGAGUUUUUCUAUUUGGUUUUGUGGGUUUUUUUAGUUUUUUGCUUUUUUUUAACUUUUCUCCCCAGAAUUAUUUUUACAUUAAGGGCUUAGACUAGGAAAGAAAGGAAAGGAAAGGAAAGGAAAGGAAAGGAAAGGGAAGGAAGGAAGGAAGGAAAGAAGGCAGACGUUUUUUCCAUAAUUGUCAGACUCUCUACAAUACCUCACCUUCUGUAAGUGGGGUGGAGCUGGGUCUGCCAUUGCUAUGGAAAGCUCUGGAAACAGUGACUCUAAGUGACACUGUUAGGGUUAGGGGAUCAUGGCCUUUCACAUGUUCUUAUCAGCUUGUUACCACCGCUUUUUCAAGUUGUUUAGAGAUGGAAAGUUGUUGGGACCUUGGGGUUUAUUUACAGUUACAGCAACUUUGCCUACUUUGAACUGCCAGCAGAAAACUGGUGAGCCAGUCUCAUGGAGUGCCAACAAUGCACAAGGCAUACAUCCUACAUGCCCCAGGCAACCAUCUGUCUCUGUGUAAAAUGACCCUGACCCCAAGCAGUGAGGUCCCAGCUUUUUGAAAUGUUGGCUAGGUGCCUGUAGAUCCUCCAUGAACCUUGGUGUCAUUGGAUAUGGUAUGUGACACAGCCAAAGAAUUGAUUUAAAAGGAAAAAGGAGCAUGUAUGGGUCACUUUCAUUGGUUAGUAGAAAAUAGGAAGGAUUGGCAGGUGGAGAGGGAGUGGGGGAGGAGUAGUAAUGGAACAUCUUUGAUGUCGUGUAGCAGGGAGGAGCAAUGGAGAGAAGAGCAGGCAAGAUAUCCAUAUUAGGGCAUGGCUAGAGCCUCACAUACAAAUGACCGGACUUAAAAAGUGUUGCUCCUAGAACAGGAAUAAGUCUAUAGAAUUCCUCUUGGCAAACCCACCCAGGACUCCCAGACCUAAGACACAAAAACCUGGCUACAAAAGUGAGAGGGGCGUGGAUAUAGAAAUUGCUAGAAGAAUUUUUUCCAACACAAAGAAAAAAUCUGUUUUCUCUCUCCUACUGUACCCUCCUGUCCCUCCUUUGCAUGCUGUAAAACAGAACUUGAGUUAUGCCCACCCUGAAGUCAUUCAGGCAGCAAGAGAGGAAAAGGUUCUUUCCAAGUCAUAUGAGCAAACCCAGGGAGAUGGUGAAUCAAAACUUACUUAAGAACAAUCAGCUGAGAGUCUCUGAAGAGAGAGAACCAUUCCAUAUAGAGUUUAGGAAUGUUCCUUUUAAAGCAAGAGCCGGUAAAAAAAAAAAAAUCAGCCCAGUGAUACUGCCAACUAGCUCGGGUCAUUACUCAGCGUGGUUGAAUGGACAGGAGUGUCAGUCGAAUGGGGGAAAAGGGGUGGCAGAAAGAAUCCGAAGCCACAAGGUGGGAUCCCGAGCCCAUCAGCUAGGAGAACUUUCUGACUAGUAAUGACCAGUUUCAGGUGGAAGUGGUCUGGACAAGAUACUUGCGCUGCAAAAGCUCUCAGCUGACGAUCCCAUCUCCUUGUGACCAUGAAGCCAGCUUGUGGGUGGCUCAUCCCUGUGGCCUCACAACGUGAGGAGGCUGCUCUUGACACAGAUGCCUUAUUUUUAUUGUUUACCAUGGAAGAGAAAAGGUUGGGAAUUUGGUUUGUCUAAGCAGUUGGUAUGAUUCACAGAGAGAGAAGGAGAGAGAAGUCGCCGCAGGAGACGUUUAGCGGUAUAUGGUUCUCGGCGUUGGAAACAAUGUUUAUUAUAAAACACGCACCUGGGUUUAUAUUUUUCUGCCUGGCUGUGGGGCAAUAACAUCUUGCUGUGAAAACACUCUAAAUUUUAUGUGUGAAUUUUUGACUGUAAUUUUAUGUGUGCAUUUUUUAACUAAACUCUAUCAUUUUCUAUGUUGA